AAACAAGCUGCAAACUCAGAAAUCAGAGCCAAAAGGAAGUGCUGUGUGGUCUACAACUAUCUGCAGUGGUUAAAUGGGAACGAUCUUUCCCCAAGUAGUUCCUCUUGAGCGGAGCAUUUCUGCUGGCUCUAGGACUUUGGCCAUCUAUAAAGCUUAGCAAUGGAAAAUCAGGAGAUUCUCAAGGAGGAAGAGUUCUUGGGCAGCAUCACAGGACAAGCAGCUUUCCACCAAACCAGGUUACUAGCGAUGGAGAGCUUCGAAAUCAAUGAUCCAAAGCCCAAGAAGAGAAACGGGAUGAAUUGCUUUGUGGUUAUGGUGGCCAUCUACCUGGUUCUGCUCACUGCGGGCGCUGGGUUGCUGGUGGUGCAAGUUCUAAAUCUGCAGGAGCGGCUCCAAGCCAUGGAGAUGUACUUCUACAAUGGAACGCUGACCGCUGACGACAGCGCAUCCUUCUCUUUGCUGCAGUUGGUGAGCCCCAAAGCACACCGGGCUUUGGGCGUGCCAGGGCUGCAAGUUCUGCAGGCCCAGCUCACCCAGGUCCGCCUCAGCCAAGAACACCUGCUGUGGCGGGUAGACAACUUCACUCAGCACCCAGAUUUGUUGGGGUUCAAAGGUGAACCAGGUGUCCCAGGCCUCCCAGGACCCCAAGGCCCUCCAGGAACCAAGGGAGAAAUGGGCCUCCAAGGAACCAAGGGUGCUCCAGGGAACCAAGGAGCUACUGGUGCCCCCGGACCCCAAGGAGAGAAGGGCAGCAAAGGUGCUGGGGGGCUCAUUGGCCCCAAAGGGGAAGCUGGAACUAAAGGAGACAAAGGAGACAUAGGCCUCCCAGGAGGUAAAGGGGACAAGGGCGUAAAAGGAGACACAGGGAUCAUCGGGCCCCCUGGAACCCCAGGAAGUAAAGGGGACCCUGGGAAGCCAGGUCCACCAGGUUUGACUGGAUCUUCUGGACCCAAAGGAGAGCAAGGACAACCUGGUGUGCAGGGUGUUCCAGGCUCUCCUGGCUCAGUGGGACCCACAGGUGCCAAGGGUGAGCCUGGCAGACCUGGUUCCAAUGGACUAAUAGGUCCUCCAGGAAGACCCGGGAGUCCAGGAGCUGCUGGCCUGAAAGGAAGCAAGGGAGACACAGGACUUCAAGGACAGAAAGGAACAAAAGGAGAAUCUGGAGUUCCAGGCCCUGCAGGCAUGAAGGGAGACAAGGGAAGCCCAGGAUCUGCAGGCCUCAGGGGAGCACCUGGACCAAUUGGCCAAAAGGGAGACCCAGGAAUGAAAGGAUCAUCUGGGCAGCAAGGAGAAAGGGGAGAAAAAGGUGAAAAAGGCAAUUCCCCGGAAUCUGUCAGGAUCAUUGGCAGUAGUUAUCGAGGCCGGGUCCAGGUUUACUACAACGGCACCUGGGGGACAAUCUGUGACGAUGAAUGGGACAAUUCUGACGCCACCGUCUUCUGCCGCAUGCUGGGUUACUCCAAGGGAAAGGCUAUUUACAGGGUGGGAAGUGGCACUGGGAAAAUCUGGCUGGAUGAUGUUGCAUGCAGAGGAUCAGAGGAGACACUAUGGGACUGCAGAAAGAAUGCAUGGGGUGCCCACAACUGUAACCACAGUGAGGACGCAGGUGUGGAGUGCAGCAUCUAACCCUGAAGCCCUUUCUCUGAUGUGUCCCUGAGGUGUCUAUGGACUCAUGGAGGAAGACAAAGGAGGAGUUCCCUAGGAGCAGCUGAGCAGCCUCUGGGGAGGGGUCACUAAUAAAGCUCAAAGCACACCUAGUAAUGUCA